GUUCGUGUCAAAAGAAAAAGUAGGGCGCAGGAAAACCGAUAAUUCAUACAAUAGUAAAGAUAUAUUAAGAUUAAAACUUGGUUGAGGAGUCCAAGAUGACUGAUUCCAAGUAUUUCACUACCACCAAGAAAGGGGAGAUUUUUGAACUAAAGUCUGAGCUGAACAGUGAUAAAAAAGAGAAGAAAAAGGAAGCUGUAAAAAAAGUCAUUGCUUCUAUGACUGUUGGAAAAGAUGUGUCAGCCCUGUUUCCUGAUGUUGUGAAUUGCAUGCAGACAGAUAAUCUUGAGCUGAAGAAGUUAGUUUACUUAUAUUUAAUGAAUUAUGCUAAAUCACAACCGGACAUGGCCAUUAUGGCUGUCAACACUUUUGUUAAGGACUGCGAGGAUUCCAACCCGUUGAUCAGAGCGCUGGCUGUACGGACCAUGGGUUGCAUUCGGGUGGACAAGAUCACGGAGUACUUAUGCGAACCUCUGCGUAAGUGUUUGAAGGAUGAGGACCCUUAUGUGAGGAAGACGGCGGCCGUGUGUGUUGCUAAGCUGUAUGAUAUAUCAUCGAGCAUGGUUGAAGAUCAGGGUUUCUUAGAUCAAUUGAAAGAUUUGUUAAGCGAUUCAAAUCCAAUGGUAGUAGCCAAUGCAGUGGCAGCUCUGUCUGAAAUCAAUGAAGCUAGUGUGUCAGGACAUCCAUUAGUUGAAAUGAACGCACCGACCAUAAAUAAGCUCCUGACCGCAUUAAACGAGUGUACGGAGUGGGGGCAGGUGUUCAUACUGGACGCGUUGUCCAACUACUCGCCGCGUGACGCGCGCGAGGCUCACUCCAUAUGCGAACGUAUCACGCCCAGGCUGGCUCACGCUAACGCUGCCGUGGUCUUGUCUGCCGUCAAGGUGCUGAUGAAGCUGAUGGAGAUGGUGAGCGGCGACGGCGAGCUGGUGAGCACGCUGUCGCGCAAGCUCGCGCCGCCGCUCGUCACGCUGCUCAGCGCCGAGCCCGAGGUGCAGUACGUGGCCCUCAGGAACAUCAACCUGGUCGUGCAGAAGCGGCCGGACAUACUCAAACACGAGAUGAAGGUGUUCUUCGUGAAGUAUAACGAUCCUAUCUACGUGAAGCUAGAGAAACUGGACAUAAUGAUCAGGCUCGCGUCACAAGCGAACAUCGCUCAAGUACUCGGGGAACUGAAGGAGUACGCCACUGAAGUGGACGUGGACUUCGUCAGAAAGGCCGUCAGGGCUAUUGGAAGGUGUGCAAUUAAGGUGGAACCGUCAGCUGAACGUUGUGUAUCAACUCUCCUAGAACUGAUCCAGACUAAGGUGAAUUAUGUAGUGCAGGAAGCCAUUGUUGUGAUAAAGGAUAUAUUCCGCAAGUAUCCUAACAAGUACGAGAGCAUCAUCAGCACACUAUGCGAGAAUUUGGAUACACUCGAUGAACCAGAAGCUAGGGCCUCUAUGGUAUGGAUCGUGGGUGAAUACGCUGAACGAAUUGACAAUGCUGACGAAUUGCUCGACUCGUUCCUGGAAGGUUUCCACGACGAGAAUGCUCAAGUCCAGUUGCAGCUGUUGACUGCAGUAGUGAAACUGUUCCUGAAACGUCCCGCAGACACGCAGGAACUGGUGCAACACGUGCUCAGUCUCGCUACACAGGACUCUGACAAUCCAGAUCUCAGGGAUCGUGGAUUCAUAUAUUGGAGAUUAUUAUCCACUGAUCCGGCGGCCGCUAAGGAAGUAGUGCUCGCUGAUAAACCUCUCAUCUCCGAGGAGACAGAUCUCCUGGAGCCCACUCUACUGGACGAACUGAUCUGUCACAUCAGCUCACUUGCAUCCGUUUACCAUAAACCACCUACUGCAUUCGUAGAAGGUCGCGGCGCGGGCGUGCGCAAGUCGCUGCCGUCGCGCGGGGCCGCCGCCGAGGAGCCUCCCGCCGCCGCGCAGCCCACCGUCAUACCCAACCAGGAGUCUCUGAUCGGUGAUUUGCUCUCUAUGGACAUUGGUGGGCCUCCGCCCGCGGCCGCGCCCUCAUCGAACCUGGACCUGCUCGCCGGCGGACUAGAUGUACUCUUAGGCGGCGGUGGCGGUGGUGCUCCGGAAGCGGCCGCGUCUAACACGACAGGAUUGUUGGGAGAUAUCUUCGGUGUUCCCGUCACGCCCGCCUCACACAUACCACCGAAACAAUGUUGGCUGCCCGCUGAUAAAGGGAAAGGCUUGGAGAUCUGGGGCACAUUCAGUCGUCAGAAUGGUCAACCGCGUAUGGAGAUGACGUUCACAAACAAAGCCAUGCAGGUUAUGAGCGGGUUCGCUAUACAACUCAACAAGAACAGUUUCGGUGUGUACCCCGUGGGGGGGCUGUCGGUGGGCGCGUUGCCGGCGGGGGGCAGCGCGGACGCCACGCUGGCUCUAGCCACCACCGGACCUGUGCAACGGAUGGACCCACUCAACAAUUUACAGGUGGCGAUAAAGAACAACGUGGAUGUGUUCUACUUCGCGUGUCUGAUGCCAGCGCACAUACUGUUCACCGAAGACGGACAACUAGACAAACGCGUGUUCCUCACCACGUGGAAGGAAAUACCGGCCGCCAACGAAGUACAACACUCACUUUCGGGCGUAGUCGGCUCAGCUGACUCAAUCGCGCAUAAGAUGACCCUAAACAACAUAUUCACUAUCGCCAAACGAAACGUAGAAGGCCAAGAUAUGCUUUACCAAUCACUGAAAUUGACCAACAAUAUUUGGGUGCUCCUAGAACUCAAACUUCAACCUGGCAACCCUGAAGCCACGCUCAGUUUAAAAUCGCGAACGGUAGAAGUCGCCACUUGCAUAUUCCAAGCGUACGAAUCGAUUAUCAAAUCAUAAUCUCAUUCCGAAGUAUAUAUGUUGAAAAGUAUUGUUGCGUAAGUUAUGUAUCAAUAGAAUUUAUACGAUUGUAAAUUCCAUAGUUAAGACUUGAGAGCGAAUCUAUGAAUGUAUUAAGAUUUAUAUUAACGAUGCGAAUGGAUAUGUUUGUGGUUUCCGAUACUGUUAUAAAAUCAUGCUAUAUGGAAUUAAAUAAAUAUUACGUUAUAUCUUAAUA